CUGGUGGACAAGGUGUUGCGAGGCUUCAUUCCUAUUAACCACUGGCAGUGCAGUCCGUCUGAUAUCAUUCCACAGCAUAUUGCCGACGUCGAUGUCGCCGUCUGCGAUCAGUGAUUCGAGGUCUCCCAUGAGCUUGAUAAUGGUCGUCUUUGAGGAAUUAUUUUCCGUUCCCUUGUCGAAUAAUGGUUCCAAUGAACAUCGCUCUCCUUCUCCUGUGGCUGUUUUUGUACAUCUCGUCAUCUCUAGCGCACUUUGAUCCCAAUUUUCUUGAUCUUUCGAUAAAUCCUACUAUAACAGUCGGACAAUCCUUCAAUGCUACUUGGAGAUGGAACGGCAUGCGAAUUCCUUAUGCUCACCCUCUCAUUGUGACGGUCGGUCAAAAUAACCAAGCCUCAACUACUACGACUUCCACUGCUAGUCCAGGUGUCAACAACGGUGUAAUACAGUUGCAAGUCUCAGAAACCGGGUAAUAUAUCACUAUUUGUGGGGGGACGAGAUAGAUUUAAAUGUAUGUAUG